CGAUUUUCCUCCCAUAACGAUGGCCUCAGAACGCCCAAUUGUCUACUUCGAUAUCAGCAUCGGCGGCCAGGCAGCUGGUCGGGUCGUCUUCUCGUUGUAUAACGACCUUGUGCCCAAGACCGCAGAGAACUUCCGCGCACUUUGUACUGGCGAACAUGGUGUCGGAAAGCUGGGAAAGCCCCUUACUUACAAGGGAUCUAAAUUCCAUCGUGUAAUCAAAGGGUUCAUGUGCCAAGGAGGCGAUUUCACCGCAGGAAAUGGUACCGGCGGCGAAUCGAUCUACGGCGAGAAAUUUGAAGACGAAGCUUUCCCCGUCAAUCACUCUAAACCAUUCCUGCUGUCGAUGGCUAACGCUGGUCCUAACACCAACGGAUCGCAAUUCUUCAUCACGGUAGCCCCUACACCCCAUCUUGACGGAAAGCACGUCGUUUUCGGUGAAGUGAUCAAGGGCAAAUCCAUUGUCCGAGCAAUCGAGAACAACCCCACCGCAUCAGGCGACGUCCCAAUCGAACCUGUUGUGAUCGAAGACUGCGGCGUCCUUUCUCCCGACGAUCCUUCCCUCGCCGAAUCAACAGCAGAAGCACAAGACGGUGAUCCUUAUGAGGACUACCCAGAAGACGAGGAUCGGGAUCUGAAUGACGCCAAAGCCGUUUUGGACAUUGCCAAGCUCAUCCGGGAGGUCGGAAACAGGUUGUUCAAGGAGGGUAAAGUCGAUCAGGCGUCAAACAAGUAUCAGAAGGCACUCCGCUAUCUGGAUCUCCACUGGCCUCUACCAGAGGAUGCUUCGGAAGAGCUCCAGGCAGGAUACAAAGAGCUCUUCACCCCUGUCCUCCUCAACUCGGCCCUCGCUGCCAUCCGCGUAGAACCCAGAUCUACCGUAAACUCCACCAUCGCCAUCACCAACACCACCCGCGCAAUCAACUACUUUGACCUCAAACCCGCCGACAAAGCCAAGGCUUACUACCGUCGCGCGCUCGCCAGGUUACAACUCAAGGACGAGGACAAAGCCGAGGCUGAUCUUGUUGAGGCUAGCAAACUCGCACCCGAGGAUGCUGCAAUCGCAGGCGAACUUAACAAGAUCAAGCAAGCCCAAAAGGCGCUCAGGGAGAAAGAGAAGAAGGCAUAUAAGAAAUUGUUCGGAUAAUUGUACAACAGACGAUAAAUUAGCAAUGUACAUCUAAUAAUCAUACCAUCUUGUAUCCCUAGGGUAGACAGUCAUCAAUGUAGACGGUUCAAAAGCGCAAAAA